CAAGGUUGGCCGGCGGCUUUCCGGGCAGGCGCAAACGGCGCUUCAUGCGCUCCGCCCUCGCAAGGCCGUCUGGGAGUUGUAGUUCGGACUCUUACCCCAACCCGGCCGUGGGACAUUGGCUCAGAAGUCCGAGGCGGUCCACUGCCUUUGGCGCUUCGCUCGGAGGAUGGAUCCCGGGCACGACGCGGCGCCGUUGGCUGGCCUGGCCUGGUCGUCGGCCUCGGCGCCUCCGCCGCGGGGAUUCAGUGCAAUCUCUUGUACCGUGGAGGGGGCGCCCGCAAGCUUCGGCAAGAGCUUCGCGCAGAAAUCUGGCUAUUUCCUGUGCCUCAGUACCUUGGGCAGCUUGGAGAACCCUCAGGAGAACGUGGUGGCAGAUAUCCAGGUCCUGGUGGACAAGAGCCCCCUCCCACCGGGCUUCUCCCCGGUCUGCGACCCCUUGGAUUCCAAGGCCUCCGUGUCCAAGAAGAAACGCAUGUGUGUGAAGUUGAUGCCCCUGGGGGCCGCGGACACAGCUGUGUUUGACAUCCGGCUGAGUGGGAAGACCAAGACUGUGCCUGGAUACCUGCGAGUAGGGGACAUGGGUGGCUUUGCCAUCUGGUGCAAGAAGGCAAAGGCCCCUCGGCCAGUGCCCAAGCCCCGAACUCUCAGCCGGGAUAUGCAGGGCCUCUCCUUGGACCCACCUGGCCAGCCCAGCAAGGGCAGCUUCCCAGAGCGGACGCUGUCCAGACUGGGCUCACGGGCCUCCACCCUGCGGAGGAAUGAUUCCAUAUACGAGGCCUCCAACCUCUAUGGCAUCUCAGCCAUGGAUGGGGUUCCCUUCACGCUGCACCCCCGAUUCGAAGGCAAGAGCUGCGGCCCCCUGGCCUUCUCUGCCUUUGCUGAUCUGACCAUCAAGUCUCUGGCGGACAUUGAGGAGGAGUACAACUAUGGCUUCGUGGUGGAGAAAACAGCAGCUGCGCGCCUGCCUCCCAGCGUGUCAUAGCCCUUUGCCAACCCUAGGGAAGAGCCCCCUGCCUGACACUCCCUGAACCGGCGGCUGCCCGCCCCACCUUAUGUUGGGAACCUUGGUGACACAGGGCAUGCUGGACCCUCAUAUGCAGAGCUGCUAUCCUGAAGGAGGGGGUAGACCUGGCUGCUUGGUGAUGACGUCGCCUGCCCUGGGCCCUGCAGGGCAGGGGUGGGGGUUGGAUGGAAACCAGUGCCUUUAAGUCAUUUGUGUCAAAACUCUGGUGCCUGGAGGCCCCAUGGGCAUCCUCCUGGAAAUAAACAUGCACGUCGUCUGGGGUCCUUAUCAUGA